AUGCCAUCGAUGGCUUCGACGGCAACGGUGAGAUUGGCUACGGCAAGCUGCAGCAAGGUUUGGAAGAGUUGGGCUGGCGGAAGUUCAAGAGAUCUGCAGACCAUGAGAUCAAGGAGACAGUUCCUGGCCAUCUUCCGGUGCUUGAACCCCAGUGGGCACGGAACGUUGGCGCGGGGUGACUGGAACAUCCUCCAGCAGGUGAAGCAAGAUGUCGAGCAGUCGCUCAUUGAGUGCGUGCAGUACUUGCUACGGGUCAGCGACCAUUCCUGGACAACUGCCUGGAGUAAGCUGGACCUGGAAUGUGAAGACCAGCUGGACCGCAGCACCUGGCAGGCGGCUUUGACGCGCCUGGGCUACCAUGGCCCCGCUGACGUGGUGUUCCGCUACGCCACCUCUUCCUCAGAGACGCUGAUGACCUGGGAGAAGUUUAGCAAGCUAGAAAAGUGGGUCACUCAGCCUUUUGACGAUGCCAAGUGA